UUAUUCAAAAUCAAGGAUGUUUCUGCACCACCUGGAACUGUUAUUGGCCGUAUCGAACAAGAAUGGUCAAUUUGUUAUCCAAGUUUUUCUAUAAAAAAUCAUAAUAAUGAAACAGUUUUGCGUAUUGAAGGACCUUUGUGUACUUUUUCCAUUUGUGGGGACGUUGAAUUUAAGAUUUUAACGAUAAAUGGAACAGAAGUCGGAAAAAUAUCAAAACAAUGGGCAGGACUUGCGCGUGAAAUGUUCACAGACAGUGAUUUCUUUGGUAUAAAUUUUCCGAUGGAUUUGGAUGUACGAAUGAAAGCUGUUAUGCUCGGUGCUUGUUUUUUAAUCGAUGCAAUGUUUUUUGAAAAAGCUGGAAAUCAAGAAUCAGAUCGUCCCGGAAUGUUUUGAAUUCGAAGGAAUUAAAUCUUUUAGGUCCAUUCAACAUUUUCACUUGAACCACAUCGAAUUCAAUGUUGAAUUGAUAUAAGCACCGAAGUGACCUCAAAAGAAAUCAGAAUUUAAGUUCUCCAUAUUUUUAAACUAAAGAAUAAAAUAUAUUUUUUGCACAAUUUGCUUAAGUUUAUACAGAUGAUAUAUAUAUAGGUGAUUCAUAAUUAGUAGUAAUAUUUAAAAAAAAAAAAAAAAUAGUAAAAAAGUAUAUGGGCACUUUUACCGAAUCGGCUUUUUAAAUAGGGUUACAGCCCUUUUGAAGUCAAAAUGUUCAAUGUUCUGAUUGAUUUUCACGAACAGUCACCACGGCAGUGUUUUUCAUUAUAAGCCAGAGCUGUCCACGAAUAUCUACAAACAAACCGUUCGUUCAUUCGUAGCGUUUUUUUUACAUUUUGUUCGUUCGUUUUUUACAUUUUGUUCGUUACAUUUAUGUUCGAAUCGUUCGUUCGUUGUUCGGAUUCUUUGUAAAAAAACGAAUACGUUAUAAAAAGUACGUAUAUAAAGAAGUGUUGCAGUAAUGAAUGGAAAUAGGAAACACUUUUAAUCGAUUUUUCUCGCUUUUUUCGAGAAAAUCAUGAAAAAUAGGCAAAAUGUUGACUCCUUUGACAAACAUUUUGCUUAUUUUUCACAAUUUUCAAUGGGAAAAGCGAGAAAAAUCUAUUUUAAGUUUUUCCUAUUUCAUUUCAGUACUGCACUACUACUUUAUAUACGUACAUUUUAUAAUGUGUUCGUUUUUCUUACGAAGAAAUUCUUUUAAUUUGUUGGGGUUUUGGGCGAUGAGAGGAAAAUCUUUCAUUCAAGCAUUUUUGAAAGUGUAACUGAAAAAUUAUUGCUUCUCUCCUUACAUGUAAAUAAUAUAAUAUUCAUAAAUUAAUU